AAUACGCUUCUAUCUUCUUCUUCCUUUUCUUGAUUUUCGAGCUCACUCUCUCCAUUUUUUCUAUUUUCUAUACUCUCUUUUUUUAAUUUUCUAGGGCACAAACCAAAAAUACAGUUUCCAAUUUCUCCCUUCUUCUUCAGAAGAAGAAACCAACAGUAAAUACUUCUUCAUUUGUCAGAAUCAUCAGAAAAUCAAACAAGAAAUCUCCAUUUCUAAUCAUGUUUUAAGUAAGAAAUUUUUGGUGAUUUCUUUCAUCCGUGUCUGUGAAAAAUGGGAUGUGUAGCAUCGAAGAAGAUAGAAGAUGAAGAAAGACUACAAAGAUGUAAAGAAAGAAGAAAACUAAUGAAACAAUUACUAAUACUCAGAGCUGAUUUCGCUUCAUCUCAAAUGUCUUAUUUACAGUCACUGAAAAACACAGGUAUUACUCUUCGUCAAUUCGCCGAAGCUGAAUCUUGUGAGUUAGAUGUUGUUUCUAAUUCUUUUCGUCAAGAACAACAACCAUUACAACUACCACCGCCGCCACAGCGGCUGCAGCAGCGGAAGUCGUUGUUAGGUUCACUUCCACCACCACCGCCACCUCCUCCUCCGUUUAGUCCCGAUAGAAGAGGAGGAGAGGAGGAUGAGGAUGAGGUUGAAGAAUCUGAUGAUGAGAGUGAGAUUUCGACUGAUGAUAAGGGGAUGAAGAAGAAGCGGAAUGUGGAGAUACUACCGCCUCCACCACCGCCGAUGUCGGGUUCUAAUUGGGAAUUUUGGGAUCCUUUUGUUGUUGUUCAGAUUUCGAAGAAUGAGCAGAAAGUUGAGGAGGAAGAUUGGGAAGAAACUAAAACGGAAUUCGAAGAUGGAGAUGAGGAGGAGGAGGUGGAAGAUGAAGAAGAGGAAGAGGAGCAUGAAGUAGUGGUUAAUGAUGUGUUGAAUUCACUUAGGGAAAAGACAUUGUUGGUGGAGCUGAAUGAUGAUAAUUCAUCUACAGCAAGCUGGAAUACGAAACAAGAUGCUGGAUCGGAUAAUAUGGCAAUGUUGGUAGGGGAGAGUACUAGGAGGAGAAAUUUUAAUUCAUUGUUAGGGAUUGUUAAAGAGAUUGAUGAUUAUUUUCUGAGAGCUUAUGAAUCAGGGAGAGGUGUAGCCGUUCUUUUGGAAGUUAAUAGGGGUGAUUCUAUUCAUCAGGAUUUCGAAGCAAGCCAGAGGAAAAGCUUCAAGUCAGCAAAGGUCUUUAGUGCAUUAUCUUGGAGUUGGUCUUCAAAAUCGCUUCAGUCAAGCAGAGAUGCUAUUGAAUCACAUGACCCCAACAAGCCGUGCAAACCUGGUGCCCACUGCAUCACACUUGAAAAGAUCAAUGCCGAGGAGGAGAAGCUCUAUAAAGAAAUUAAGGAGGAAGAGAUCACCAAAUUGGAGUAUGAAAGAAAAACCUCGUUGCUACAAAGACAAGAAACUGGUGAUUAUGAUUUGCUUAGGACUGAGGAAGCUCGAGCAAAUAUUGAGAGUCUAGAGUCUAACUUGAGCUAUCUGCAACACUCAAUUGGUAAAACUUGCCUGACUCUUUUGAAGCUCAGGGAUGAAGAGCUGCACCCUCAGCUGCUCGAACUAUCUUCUAGAUUGAUGCGCAUGUGGCGAACAAUGUAUGAAUGUCAUCAGGUUCAAAACAACAUCUCACAGCAGGUUAACCGUCUCAGUGAAUAUCCGAGCACAGAGCCAACCACUGCCUUCCAUUGCCUGUCCACAACCCAACUUGAAAGAGAAGUAAAUAUAUGGUACAAUAGCUUCUGUAAUCUUGUCAAAUCUCAGCGUGAGUAUAUAAGAGUGCUCAACCGGUGGGUCCAACUCGCGGAAAGCCUUGCCGAGGAUCAACCACAGAUUGGUUUGACAUCUAACAUCCAUAUUCUUUGUGAAGAGUGGCAACUUGCUUUUGACAGGUUACCUGAAAAGGUAGCUGCUGAGGCCAUUAAGAGCUUAGUAUCAGUCAUCCACUCCAUAGUCUUGCAACAGAACGAAGAACGCAAUCUACAAAAGAAAUCCGACCAACUCGAGAAAAGGCUGGAAAAGGAAUUAAACACGUUAUACGAAAUGGAGAAAAAAUCUAAAAGCAACUCCACAGAUGCAGAUCCCAGCUUGAGUCCUGGCCACCCAUUGGUAGUCAAGCGCGCGAGAAUUGAAGCUUUUAGGAAGAAAGUGGAUGAUGAGAAGGCUAAAUAUCUGCACUCAGUCCAGGUAAGCCGGGCAAUGACACUUAACAACCUACAAACUAGUCUUCCGAAUGUGUUUCAAGCUUUAACAGGAUUCGCCAGUGUGUGUAUACAAACAUUCGAAGCCAUUCACAAGCCAACGCAAUCAGUUGUUACUACUCCUCAUGAUGUGAAUCUCGUAAGAUAGAGGUUGGAAAGCCAAGAGCUGUGGUCAGAGAUGUUUAAAUGGUAAAUUUGUAUCCUAUAGUUCUACAGCGUUUGUUCCAAGUUCCAACUACUGUUUUUAGAGUACAAACAAAAUUAUGCCUCAGAGGAUUUUGCCAAUAGAAACUAAAGCUCAUGAUCAAUAUCAGCUCGUGUAUCUGAUUAGGAAAUACGAAUACUACUUGCAAAAAGAGAAUUCAACUACGAUAUAUACUAUUCACUCAAUAGCUUCUGCACACAAAAUCACGCAAGAGCUCAUUCAAUAUACAUAAUCUGUAUUCUUGUCAUUCCGAGUUAUGUACAUUGUUCUGAUUGCCGUCUUAUUUCAGUAA